UUGAAAUUUAAUUUUUGAAUAUUAAUUAUUUUUAACUAUAAAAGAAGAGCGUUGUAUUCUGAAUUGUAUUGUACCCAAUACUUAUUUGAUUUAAAAAAUGCAGAUAUCGUGGUAUAUUAAGAAGUCUCUAUUUUUCUCAAAAAUGGGACGUUUCAGUUAUAACUAGUAGAUAUUAUGAUAGAAGUUGGAGCAUUAGAUCAAUAAUCUGAACUGUUUUACUUAAUGCAAUUAUGUCAUAAAAUAUAUUAAUAACAAUGAUUUUAUGAUUAUUACCCUACACAAAAAUUUUAGCAGCCAUAAAGUAUGUUGUUCACACCAAUUUAUAUUGCAAUGACUUUUAUCAGGACUUGGCGAAUUAGGUCGUUCCGUUCACGUCUUCUGGAGUUUUUAUCUGGUAACACGAGCGUUGCGUUCUGUAAAAUACCAGAAAACGCGGCAGAGACUCCAACAUUGAGUUCAAAGUUGUGUAUAAACCCAAAGAAUGCAUAUCUGUGUGAUCUUCUGGAUUACACAAAUGCCUCAAGAAUAUGUAGUAUGAAACCAACUCAGUGCAUAGAGAUAAGUGAUUGGGUAUCAUGUUCUGGAGGCUUGCCACUGGGUGCAAGUGAUGCCUCCCCAGUCACUGAUGUUGACAUUGAAGUACUGUUUGAAUGUGAAUUGGAUCCCCAUGAAGAUAGCUCAUAUUUUGAUAUCAUUCCAUUGGAAUCAUUAGGUCAGCCAGUUGCAUGGAAAGCUGGAUCUCACUUAGCAAUAGUACUGAAAACUAAUAUUGAACACCUCAGUUUAGUUGGCUUCCACUUUGUUGGGGGUGAAUUCAUAAUUGAUCAUAAAUUGCCCGUUGUAAGGAUACAAACCGUUCAAUUGUCUGGAGAACCAAAUAAAGCAACUGAUUUAUCAAUGAGGGGCCUUCGUAGUGAAAUACAACAUAGCUUAAAGCUUCCACAUACAGAAUUUCAAUGGCCUGUUCAUGCAUCUCUUAUAAGGAAAUUGUCUAAAGUUGUUGAUAUUAAAUCUGAUAGAAAUAUAAUUGUGCAAAUGAAUGGGGGAAGUGAACAAGUGGAAACUUCAUCAAUUGUAAGGAAAAAUGUUACUCUAUCUGAUGUUAGCACAAUCACAACAAAAUCGUUGUGUACGGAAGAUGAUGAGUCAGAUUUAAAAGAAGUGGAACAUAAAACACCAGAUAAAUCACCACAGAAGAAGCCUGAUGCAAAAUACGAACCAAAUGAGUUAGUUGUAGAAAAUGUUACAGUGGAAAUCCAACAUAACAUUACACCAAAGAAAUCCAGUUUAAAGCUUGAUUUGAAAAAAGGUACGGGACAACUGUCUACAUCCCUUCUAAACAUAUCGAGUCAAAUUAAAUCUGUUACUACACAUAAGAGAAUUGUAAGUACUACAGGGCCAAAGAAAGCACCACAAGUUGAAGCAAUUCUUCAAACAGGUGAAGAAACACAGAAGUGUUGCUCUUCACAAAUGACACCAAAGUCUACAAAAAGUUCCCGUCCAUUGAUAAAUACGAAAUCACCGAAUGUUCUUAUAUAUUCAGACAGUGUAGCAGCUAGAGACAAUUUGGAAGCAUCACUAAAGAAAGUCUUGGACUGUGAUAGAUAUACCGUGUACAGUGUGAGUCCUGAGGCGCUGUGCGGUGGGGCCUGGCGCGGACGGGCGUCGCUCGUAGCAGUGGCGGGAUGCUGCGGCCGGGCGGCGCCGCUGCUGCUCGCACAUCUCCUGGACGGAGGCAGGCUGCUGGCGCUAUGUUCAGACUUGCUGCACACCGUGCUUCCGCAUUACAAGACAGCUGAGAUUCGUGAAAAUGAAGUUGUCCAGUUCUCGUACGACAAGUGGAAGUCUGUCAAAAUGAAACACCACAUAUUCUGUUAUCAAGCGUCUCCCGCCAAAAAACAGUUCUCCACUGAGAGUGACAGACAAGCCAGUCAGGAUGCCAAUAUGUGUUGGCCGUCUAGAUACACGGGCCAUCCGGGACAUGAGCUGGACAUUCAAGUUCUGGCUUCCGAGGAGACUUGGCGAACUCCGUCGCUACUACAGGCUACGGACAUCACAAACCAAGGAGUUGCGAUUUUCUCGCAGAUACAUUUAGAGGCGGAUCCCUGUGACUAUUUGGGCGAUGAAGGUGUGAAAAGCAAUGAGGCUCGGCUUGAGAUAUUGCAUAAGAUAUUAGGUGAUAUAUUAGGCUUACACGUAAGGAACCCCAAGGAGUUAAUGCAAAUAGAAUUUACGAAGGCAUUCUUCCUCGGUGAUCACGUGGUGAAACAGUCACUCGUGGAAGGUUGGUGUCCGUCGGUUGAAGGCAAACGAGUGCAGAAACUUGGGGAGCUGAGCGUGCAGUGGUGUAUGAGAGGAGAGAAACCCGUGCAGCAACCUGCCGACGACUUCCUACCCGUGUAUCUCUACGAGUGUCCGGACAACUUCUCCACUGUUGAAUAUUUCGAUAACCUAACCAGCUCAAUAUUAGGCCGCGUCAUAAUAUACUCGGACGUGAUGACGUCAACCCAGGCAGUACUGAACGACAGGCUCUCAAGUGGCGUGGGAGCCGUUUGUCGGCGGCAGACCGCAGGCAGGGGUCGCGGCGGCAACCUCUGGAUAUCACCGCUCGGCCAGGCCAUCAUAUCGCUUCAGGUGUGGUGUAAGAUGACUCCUACGGUACCGCUAGUGCAACACGCCAGCGCGCUUGCGGCCGUGCGGGCGCUGCGUUGUCACCCCGACUAUCACCACUUCGAUAUCAGGAUCAAAUGGCCGAACGACAUUUAUUACGGGCGAGAUGUUAAGCUAGGCGGGACUGUUACUGAAGCGAACUGUUUCGGCGACGAUGUUAUUAUAAAUAUAGGGACUGGUGUAAACAUAUCAAACAGCGUGCCUACAACAUGUGUAAACGAUAUCAUAAAGGAGUACAACAUUAAGCGGGGCACUUCACUAGCGCCGAUAUCGAUAGAGAAGUUCCUGGCUCGAUACUGCUCGGAGUUAGAGGCCCUAUUGGAUUAUUUAACACAAGAUGGUGGCGUUCAAGUAUUUCUUGAACAAUAUUAUGAAUAUUGGCUGCAUACUGGCGAAGAGAUUCGCGUUCAAGUUGCGGGUGAGGACACGCCGGUAUCUGGCGUCAUCAGCGGGGUGGACGAGUGCGGAUGGCUCGUGGUGCGGUCGGACGCGGGUCACGUUCGCGUCACGCCCGACGGCAACACGUUCGAUAUCAUGCGCGGCCUUAUUGCGCCCAAAUUAUAACUAUUUUAAAUAUUAUGACUAGUGUUGUACAUACUCCAUGUAGCGCCACUGAUAGAAGUCCUUGUAAACAUGGAAAUUUCUUGAAUUUGAUUGGUGUACCUUUUUCUCUGUUGUCGGUUUCAUAAUUACUGAGGUGUUUACAAGUUUCAAAUAUUUUAUUUUAAUUCACGUAAUGCAUGCUUUGAUACCACGCGUCCAUCUUUUACUGUUAAAAUUGUCUUCGUGUAUAUUCUAUGUCUACCUGGAAAGGUUCUACAAAAUUCAUCGUAAAUAGCAAGGUUAGGUUUUUGUGUUUAUGCCGUGUAUGCUAUGCCCACGAAAGUGUGUUAACACAUGUCGUGUGUUAUUCUAUAUAACACAAUCACUCCCUUUAUCUGCAUGUAACGAUGACAAUAGGAUCGAGGUAAUAAAAUAUCACAAAAUUAAGAUCUCAACUAAGUAAAGCGCGGUGUAGAGUAAUAUGCCUCUAUUACUAGGAUCCUAUUCGGGUUCGGAAUAAUAUAAGUUUCUCAGAUUUCUCUCGAGUUUAAACUUGCGAGCGAGGGCGAUUGUCCUCCUCUAUCAAAAAAUAUUUUUUAGUAAAAGUAUAAAAAGGAUUUUAGUCGGGUAGUCCUACCAUAUGUUGAUUUAAGUUUUUGUUAUUUACAUAUUUAUGGUGUUUGCAAAUUAUUAUUUUUUGUUAAAUUUUUGAAGUUUUUAGAGACCCAUUUAUUAGAUCUUGUAUAUGCUCUAUCUACAGACUAAACUCUAGUUAUAAUUUAUUUAAAUAAAAAAAUCUAAUUGUAAUUUAUUUAAAUAAAAAAAUUAUUGUUAAAAUAAUAGGUUAGGUUUUGUUUAUUUAUAGAUCUCAUUUUAAUGUUAUUGGGUUUUCCUGUAAAUGGCUAUGAUUAUCUUUUAACUUUGUUAUGAGAUUAUGUCUUUAAUACUUGUUUAAAUUGAUGGCAAUUCAGGUGACACAGUACUCUGAAUUAAGAAACAUAAAUUAGGUGAUACUUGAUACAUUAAAUUAUAAGUUAUUCUCAUAUAUACCUAUUAGUAAAUCUUCCUUCAUUGAGAGCACUACCAGGUGGCAGUGUUGCUAUUGUCCAGUAACUUAUAUUAUCUUUAGGACUGUUUUGUUUAAAACAAGAAUCAGAAGUGGGAUGGGUGGAAUCGGAGAAAAUUAAAAGUGGACAGACCUACUUCUUCUCAAGCGAAAGCUUGUAAAUUGCGUUGUGAGUAAAUAAGCCCAAUUUCCUUCCAGAUGUUAUAUCACUGGAAUAGUGAACUCUAUUAAUAUUUAUAUUCGCCCUGAAAAGUGGGCUUUGGUAUUACGAAUAAGAUAGUUUAGCUGCGCCAUAUCACUGCCACUUAGCUGUAAUUUAAGACAUUUAUAGUUAUACAUUCAUAAUAAAAAGGUUUGUUGUUUAUUCAAUUAGGCGUUACUUUGCGGAAAUCCAUAAUUAUACAAAUGAUUUAGGUUUUCUUUAGUGUUAAUUCCGCCAAUAUUUGUCUUUAAAACAAUUCGACACGUGUUUUGCCUCUACACGAGGCAUCCUCAGGACGUGCUGUCUCGCCAAAAUCUGGCACGAGACUGAAUCAAAUGAGUCGGAAGCCGCUCUUUUAUACCCUCGUCCCAUGAAAUGACGCGCUGUGAUUGGUCGGCUGUUGUGACGUAUUACCCCCGGAAGAGACACGUAACAAAGGUGAUGGGACUAAAUUUGUUUGUUCAUUCAACAAUGUAAACAUGUUAUUUUUGUGUUUUAUUAUUUCUAAUUGCUCUAACACAUUUAAGCGAAAUCCUUUUUCACAUGUAUGUAAAAUAUUAAAAUUAUUAUUGUUUCCGAGUGAGUGACCUGUAUCAAUUAAAUGUUUCGCGAAGUGUGAUUUUUCGGGAUGAUUGACAUUGUGAUUCGUUCGGAAGGACACAUUAAUAUUGUUUUUCCUAAAUAAUUUAGCUAUUUUAUCCGAUAUUGGACCAAUAUAUGUCAAACUACCCACAUAUUUGGUAUUUGAUUGUGGUGGGGCGGGAUAAAGUUCUGAAUUAAUUAGAUGUUUUUGUUUAUUUUUAAUUAAUUUGUUCACUAACUGUUUUGUAUAGCCGUUGGAAACCGCGAUUUGGUAUAUUAUAUUAAGUUCUUUCGCGAAGCUGUCACGGGACAGUGGGACUGACAUUAAUCUGUGAACAUAGCAGCGGAAGGCCGCUAGUUUAUGUUGUACGGGGUGGCAAGAUGACGCAGGAAUAGUAAUAUCUGUAUAUGACGGCUUUCUAUAGAUUUGGAAUUCUAAUUUAUUGUUUACUCUUGUUAAUUGUAAAUCCAAAAAAUUUAGAGAUUAAAAAUUAGAUUAAAGGAACAUAUUGCCGCAUUUAGGAAAAAUCAUCCCGAAAAAUCCGACUUCGCGAAACAUUUAAUUGAUACAGGUCACUCACUCGGAAACAAUAAUAAUUUUAAUAUUUUACAUAUAUGUGAAAAAGGAUUUCGCUUAAAUGUGUUAGAGCAAUUAGAAAUAAUAAAACACAAAAAUAACAUGUUUACAUUGUUGAAUGAACAAACAAAUUUAGUCCCAUCACCUUUGUUACGUGUCUCUUCCGGGGGUAAUACGUCACAACAGCCGACCAAUCACAGCGCGUCAUUUCAUGGGACGAGGGUAUAAAACAGCGGCUUCCGGCUCAUUUGAUUCAGUCUCGUGCCAGAUUUUGGCGAGACAGCACGUCCUGAGGAUGCCUCGUGUAGAGGCGAAACACGUGUCGAAUUGUUUUAAAGACAAAUAUUGGCGGAAUUAAGACUAAAGAAAACCUAAAUCAUUUGUAUAGGUUUGUUGUUUUUAUCUGGGUAAUUAUAAACAGAGGUGGGUAUAACUUAAUUAAUUAUCGUUAUUAUCUGUGUCAUAACGAGACGUGUUACGAACAAGCUACCUACUUUGUCCGUGUGGAAAACGAUUAAACAGCGCUCUCUAUGGAACGUUUCGUAAUUUUUUCUAGAUAAAACACCCUUUGGUAAUCCUCAAUCUUUUAUUUACUAUUGGUAAAUUUCAUCAUAAUCGGUUUGGUAACUAUUCCGUGAAAACGACAGAUAGAGCUUUCAUAUUCGUAGCACAUUGCGUUAAUCUGCUUAUGUGUAGAAAUUAUGAUAAACUAAAAAGUAAAAAACUUCCUCGUGAAGCCACAUGUACAGAUAACUCGCGAGUUGAAUGCAGAGUUCAGGACUGCGAUAAGUGCUGUGACCUAAUUAUUAUUGAUGACCAUAAUCAUGAUGUGUCAUUAAUUCAUUCAUCGUGUGUCGAUAAAUUGAAACAAUGCAAAGUAAACCAUUAUACACAAAUUUUUUUUACCUAAAUCUGCUGCCUUUCUUCAACACACAUGUCUAAUAGUAUAAUACGCACCUAGGGAGAAAAAUAGGUCAUUAUCACCCGCGGAAUAUACAAUCGCGGGUGGCAAUGUCCUACUUAUCUCACGUGGUGCGUAUAAGAUUUUAUUCCCACCUAAUUCCCUUCCCGUCUUGCUGGGAGAGAAUCGGCCUCUUUUGUCUCUCGUACCAGGGACUAAAAGACAGCUUUUACAUCGAGGUGGGGAAAAAAAAACAAUUUCUCGUGCUUGGCAGUAAAUCAAAACUCGUUUAUGGAACGCGAUAUCACGGUUAGUGUACGAUAAUAAUUGUAAACGACGGCACAUCACUACAUAGUAGGCGCGCGAGGCGAAGCGUGCGGACAGCGGGGGGAUGCUCCCGCUCCCUACCUCAGGUCCCGACUGCGUUCAACUUGCGUAUUAACUUUAGAUACUGUCGAUAAAUAAUAGUGCCGGAAGAUAUGUGCUACUUGCAGUGCUCACCUGCUUAAGGGAAAUGAGUUUAACAUUUAUUGUACGUUAAUGUUUAACGAAAGGUGAGCCUAUCCGACCAGGUGAAAUUUGCAGGCACGAGAUAGUGCUUUACGUGGAAAAAUAAAUCUUGAUAUUUAUGAUAAAUUGACUAAUUUCAAUUUUUCAAAUAUAAUUUAGAGAGCUACUUGAAUAAUUUUAGUAAGGCAUGUGAAAUGUGGCUGUCGCGAAUGAAUGAAUUGUUAUUGGCCAGUACGUAUUUAUCGUUUCUAAUAAAUAAAUUCACGCUAGAAGUAGAUCAUAUUAUUCGAUAUAAAUGACGUAUGACCACAAAGGCGCAGAAGAAAGUUUACUAAAGAAUUAUUUACAUACUUUUUUUUUUUUUUAUAAGAUUUUAUGGCCUGGUAACGAGACCUUUAAGACAAAGUUUAUUAUAGAAAUAUUUACGUACCUACUUGUUUAAUUCAUAUUAUUUUAUAAGUACAUAGUGAAUGACAUUCCAACUAGCAAUUUAGAAUAAUCUUUACGUAGUGUCAUAAUAAAAUGUAUAUGUACACAGAUCCUUCAGUAUGUAUAUUCAUUGAAAUUUCUUGCUUGUUUUCAAUAUAGUAAGUAUGUAAUGUUUAGUGUUAUACUGGUUAUUGUGAUAUUAUAUUGUCUUGAAUUUUAUGAGGUUUCAGCAAAAAUAAUAUAUAUUUCAUUUUGUUAUAGAAGUACAAGUGUUAUACUGGCUUUAAUUUUUUCUAAUAAUAGCCACUAGUUAAAUUUUAAAUGUUACGACAACGUACUGGCAUUUUGUUUCUAAUAGGUUUAGCUGUUCAUUACGAAGUGUGCAUUUAAUUGAAGAUAUAUUUAUUGUUCGAUUCUUGCAACGUAAAUUUUGUUGAUUUAGUAUAAUUUUCCCAUUUCUGAUGUUAUAAAAGUCAUAUUAAACUUCACUAAAUUAUUUCCUUGCUUGUCACGCAUUAAAAUGCGACUGAGGUGAAUCGAUAAGAAAUGAGUCCUGAAAAUAGCCAAGUUGAUUACUAGAUUAGACUUUACGUCAAGACAGUUUCAUACAUUAUUUGCAAGUUUAUUAUAUUAUUAAACCUUUUUACAUUUUGUAUAUUCCAAUAUUUUUUGUGGAUAGCAAAAUGUAAGAAUAAUAUAAGAAUAAAUAUCACAUUACAUUUUUGUGUAAUGUUAGUGCCACCUGCUCCGUGGGUAGUGGGUAUGUCGAUGUUACGUACUCUUUGGCACUUUGGAUGUAAGGCCAACGAGAAGAGAUAAAGAAUGUAAACAGUGUUCAAAACAUUUUCAUCGAUCUCUAUGAAUAUUGAAAGGAGUUGUUAUAUUUCAAAGGUUGUCUAGAGCUGCCAGGCUGUGAUUCCAUAUUUAAAAUCAACAAUUACUCACAAUAACGGCAAAAAACAAGAAUAAAACUAAUAGUAACGGGUUAAUAAUAACAAAGAACUAAGUAAAUAUGGAAUAAAAAUAUGUAUGUAUCACUUCGAUCGCAAUCCAAACAGAUAUGAACUUGAUGACACAAAAUGGCGGACCAAAUGUUGAUUGUUAACUGCGGUAUUAGCUGCUUUUCUGUACCACGAGACUCGCAAAGACAGCUGUCGUCGACCAACUGACGCCAUUACUGCUUACGAGUGAUAAGAACAGAGAUUAUAAUCACUCGCUAUUACAACGUAACUUAGUAACGGCCCGUUUGUUUACAUUGUUUUUCUUGACUCGCUGGCCUUAGUAUAGUUUAAUUCUUAGAUAAUUUAUAUGUCUAGAUAGUCUCUUGCUGUUAGACAACUGAUAAAAGAGACCAGGAAUAUUUGUUUAGUGUGCGUGACAAGUUACGCCUUACACUCGGCGAUUUGUAUGUCACAUUGUGUUAGUAUGCGUGAAUUGCUCAAAAUAGAAGCUAGUUAUAAACUCAAUUUUUUUGACGUUUCCACAGCUACUACAGUCUAUCUAACCAUAUAAAUGAUGUAAGGUUUAAUUUUUGUAGUCAAAUUUUAGAACUUUUCGGCCCAGUAUCAUACCAUACCCCUCGUUUGUAACAAAUUUAUAAUCUACAAGUAAUGUUGUGUGAAUUAUAAUUUAUAGAGUAAAAAGGGGUGUAAAGGUUUGGUUAUGGUAUGUGUUCUAGGUAGAUAAUUCGUGAGUAUACAAUGUAAUAAAUACCUAAAUGAUAAUAUAAUAAUGCAGUUACUUUUCGUCCAUUCAUUAGGGAUUGUACCUUGUUAAUGUAGAUAGUGUUGAUAAUAGUGAAAUAUAUUUGUUGAUUUUAUACAUGUUUAAGGUUUACUUACUAACGGCCGUUCCCAAUAUUCAGUCUAUCUCUUACUUGAGAUAAAAAUCGUAACUAUCGUUGACUUUUCUGUCCCAAUAAUCUUAUUGACGGUAACUCAACUUAUCCGUGCACGUUGUCUGUCAAUGGGACGACGUAUAUAGCUUACCAGCGAUAUAAAGUUUGUGUGGAAAUUGCUAAUCACGCGUCCCAAUAUAAGGCGAUAAGAAUGAUUUAUCGGGUAUAUUGGGACAGCUUCAUCUUGACAGUAGAAGGUAGUUAUUUAUCUCUGUAUCUGUAGAUAGUAUAUUGGGAACGGCCGUUAAUAACAUUUCGGAAAUCAUAUAUUAUCUAGGUGCAGUCAAACGUUAUAUUUACAAGCAAUGUGGGUAACUUUUAUGGUUUUAUUAUGGUGUAAACUGUAAACGAUUAACGAUACUUUGGUAUUCGCCUAUGUCUUUGACGCAUAGAAAUGCUUUGAGGUGUUGUGACUUUCGUUUAAGUCUGAAGAUAUUAAAGCUGUGACGAUAUUUAUGCGGUUGACUUUACCUUUACCGGUUGUUAUUGUUAAUAAUAUUAAAUACCUAGUAAUAGAUCAAUGAACUUACAAUUUAUACUAUGAAUGGACGUAGUUCCUGAAAAACGUUCCAAGCCACUAACAUCACACUUUAAGGAAUUCGUGUUUAAAGUUUAAUAAAUAUUAGUGUAUUCCAUACAUGUGGGUUGGGCUACUAAGUCAUGAUGUCACUUUAAGAGUGACAGUAGGGCUGCCACUUUUUGUCAGUCCGUUAAUAUGAAUCACAUGACCAGUUUUUUGUUCUUAACACAAUUUCGACAUGAUUGUGGUUUGAAUCGUUAUUCUGGAAUUAUGUCCAAUUAUUUACUAGAUUAUAUUCUGUUAUUAUUUAUUUUCUCGCUUAAUAUUUCAAAUUAAAUAUGCCUAUUUCUUGAGUUACUUUUAGAAAUAUUUAUUAUGUGUACGGGGUUUCUUAUAAACAAUAAAUUCUAGUAGUUAUAUUCCCUUUAUAUUAUAUCGAUGUUGUUGUGUGGAAUUCCGGUAAAAUAUUUAUGCAUUGUUAUGUUCUACUGUUGUGAAGACUCAAAUAAAAAAUUCUCACCAAAA